UGGUGCGCCCAGCAUUUGAGCGUUCAACGGUUGGCCAAAAAGUAACUACUCCGGCGCCCUGCCCUGCGGUUAAAUCUGUUCUGUCUUUCAGUGUUAAGAGUGUUUGAGUUAUUUAUUUCCGGAAGUGUGUUGCCAUUUGGAUAGAGAAAGAGUCGCACACAUUCAUCAUGCAACUGCAACUAAUUGCGCUCUUUUGCAGCGCCCUGGCCCUGGCUCUGGUCGAGGCCCAGAACUAUCCACAACGUCUGAACAUUCCCGGGGCCUUGGUGUCGCCCGGUCAAGUGCCCCAUCGACAGGCCGUGCUCCGCGUCCGUCGUCCUGGACAGUCGCUGCGCCAGACGAAUGCCAUCCUGCCGGCUGUUACCCAGCGCAUAUCGUCACCCAUCGAGGAGCGCCCGGUCACGGAGGCCGCCGAGGAUGAGCAACCGGAGCCAUAUCUGCCGAAUCUGCUCCGCGAGCAGCAGCUGGCCCACUCGCAGCAGUCGCAGUUCCAGCAGGCGGCCGCAGCCUUCUUGAAUGGCCAGCAGGCCAUCGAGUCACCGUCGCCGGUGCAGCAGUUCCUGCAGCAGAACGAGGACUCCCAGCCGUCGGCCAUCCUGCCCGCUCCACCACGCUUCGCCGAUCGUCCCUCCAUUCCUGCGCCAUCGAAUCGACCCGCCGCCUUCAACGACUUUGGCAUCGGUCGCUUUGAGAAUUCGCAGAGAUUUGGCCUGGAACAGCGUCCCACGCCCACAGUAGCGGCGCCGCCACCACCUCCUCCACCACAGCAGCAGCAACCUCAGCGAGUGGCCGUGAUCCGCACAAGACCAGCCGCUGCAGUGCGUCCCGAGCCACCAGCACAGCACCAGGCGCCUCGGCCCAGGCCCAAGCCUGUCCAGCCCCGUCCCAUCAUCGACCAGAAUCAGCUGCAAGACGAGCGGUCGGAGAGAGACCAUCAGCAGCAGCAGCGUCCCCGGCGGCCAGUCGCCCAGACUCUGCGCAAGUGGCGCGACGAAAACGAGGACGGCAGCAUCACCUGGGGCUACGAGAACGACGAUGGAUCCUUCAAGGAGGAGCUCAUCGGCACCGACUGCAUCACAAAGGGCACAUAUGGCUACAUCGAUCCGGAUGGCAACAAACGGGAAUACAACUAUGAGACGGGGAUCCGGUGCGAUCCGAAUGCCCGCGACAACGAUGAGGAGCUGCAGGAGAAUGGCUUUAUCAACUACGAGGAGAACCGCGCGGUUCUGCCCAAUGGCCUGGAGAUCGACAUGACGCAGCUGGGCAAAAAGAAGUCCAAUCGUCCCAGUAGCAUCUACAGAAACUAGGAGGCUCGCUCCUCACAGUAGCACCUUAAGUCAAAGCAGCUCUUAAGUCUUCGUCUUAUUUGUAUCCAUCGUAUAAUUAUGUCCAUGUUUCAUUGAGUGUCAAGUGAAAGUGAAAUUAAAUGAUUAGCGUGUAUA